CGAGCAGUUUACUUGCAUGGCAGCUACAGGCCAGGGAUACGACGCCCUGACCUUCACGAUCAAGGGGCCCGAGGCCGCCUCGGUGUCUCUUGAGCUGCAGACGCAGGCCAAUUGCGAGGCGAACACCACCGAAUACACCAGCUCCUACUUUACUGUCGACGGGCUCACUGGCCAGACCCAGACCGUCUCGGUGCCGUUGAGUGUCUGGACGGAUGCCAAUCUGGAUGCCGUCGUCGGGAUUAUUUUCUACGGCUUCUCGGCUGGAUUGACAGGCACCGACAAGGUUUGGCAGAUGGACAAUAUUAUACUCCAAUGCAGCACCCCAGGUAAGCGUUCAGACAGUCAAUGAUGGCGAGUCAGUGGAUAACAAGUGAUAGUUCCACCUAGCAGUACGAUCACUUCGACAAUUCCAGGUCCGACGAUAACCACCAUCGUUGUGACAAAGACGAUAUCGAGUACGUGGUACCCGGGAUGGCCGCCGUACUACACGACGACGCGUCGUACCAGUACGAUCACGCCGUACCCAUGGCCUACAUUUACCUGGCCACCGGGAGAAGAAGCCGAAGCUGAUGGUACUGGAAAAUGGGAUCGACGUGACGUGCCAGCUGUCCCGGCCGUCCAAACCCCAAACCCAGCCAGCGAAGAGGCUUGCGGCCAGCUGGUAAUUGACGACUGGGAGUCUCAAUCUCGCCUCACAUUCCUGUACUAUAACGCCCUGCUUCAAGCAAGCAGUGAUGACGGCACAAUGAAGUCCAUUGUCGUCAAGGACAACAAAGUC